AUGAACGUCUCGAAAGUGACAAAUACGACUAAUCCUUUUGAUAGUGGAAUGUUGGAGAAUUUGAGUACAACUACGGCAUUUAGCCCCGAUAUGUUCUCAGCGAAAAGUAAGGAUACUUCCUCACAAAGCUCUUUUCGUUGGUCUAUUGAACAAAUGGCUAGGCUUCAUCCCGUUGAUAUUGAUGAGUCGCAGAGCGACAUUGUCGAAUCACCAGACUCAGCUUUAGAGGCUCGUCUGAAUAGUGCAAUUGAAAAAUUUUGGAGUAGUCAAAAAUUCGUUGUUCCGUCUCCUGAUACAAAUAUGGUUAAAUCGCCAUGUGGUCUUGGAGACAGUGGUAAUCGUUAUAAGCAAGCAUCUCAUUCUGAGCACCGUUUUGGUGAAGGUCGGGGAACUAACAGAGAUAAGAAGUAUGAAGAGUCACCGCUUGUACGUGGUGGGGCCCGUCCGGCAGGUUUAAGGAAGCAUAAGGAGAUUCAGACGCUUCUUACUUUUCCUCCGAGUCUAGAUCUUGUCAAACUUUUGGGUGGCAGGUUUCAGUAUGAUGAAGAAGAGGGGGGAGCUGAAGAAGCUGCGUUUGAAGCAAAUCUUUCGAUCAAUACUUUGCGCAGGAAGCUUUUUACAGAAGAAAGUGAACCUUCAUUUACUGGGAGAGACCUGAAUAUUGAUUUUGAAAGUGGUUCUAGUCAAAGGGCGGCCUCAAAGUCGCGGUUACGCAGUUCUUCACCUAGCUCUUGUGACAUUUCGCUGAGGUCAUUCAGUGACUCCGCUUCUGUUGGAGAAUCGCUUGAUAGCGAUUAUUCUAGAGAAGGAGAAAAUGAUCAUUUAAGUAAUCGUAAAGGACAGCGUCGCAUGCCGUCCCCUGACGUUUCUCCCAUAAAAGCUGACUUUUAG